AUGGCACCUGCGUUGGAACUUCUCGAGAAGCCUGCCGUGGCUCUGCCGGUCAAAUCAAUAUCCGCUAUUGGCAAGGCUUCUGCUGCUGAUUUCACAUUAGAGAGCCCUGAGAAGCAUCAACGGGUGAUGGAUGUCUUUCGAGCCUUCAUCGCUGAUAUCUGCCAGCAAUAUGGCGAAGGGCACGCUGGAUCUCCCAUGGGUAUGGCUGCCAUUGGUAUCGCCCUGUACAAAUAUGUCAUGAAGUACUCUCCGCACAAUUGCGACUACUUCAACCGGGAUCGCCUUGUUCUUUCGAAUGGCCAUGCCUGCCUGUGGCAGUACCUCUUUAUGCACCUCGUUGGCGUCAGGAGCAUGACCCUCGACCAGCUCAAGUCCUACCACUCGACGAGGACCGACUCAGUGUGCCCCGGCCACCCGGAAAUCGAACACGAGGGCAUCGAGGUUACGACGGGACCACUUGGCCAGGGCCUUGCCAAUGCCGUUGGCCUCGCCAUGGCUACCAAAAACCUAGCCGCGACAUAUAACAAGCCCGGCAAUGAGGUGGUCAACAACAUGACAUGGUGCAUGGUUGGGGAUGCCUGCCUGCAGGAAGGCGUUGGUCUCGAGGCGCUCUCCCUCGCUGGUCACUGGAAGCUCAACAAUCUCUGUGUGAUAUUCGACAACAACUCGGUGACGUGUGACGGUAGUGCGGACAUGGCCAACACCGAAGAUAUCAACACCAAGAUGCGUGCGACUGGUUUCAACGUGGUGGACGUGUACAACGGAGACUCGGACGUUGCCGCCGUCGCCCACGCCCUUGUUGCUGCUCGAUCGAGCAACAAGCCCACCUUCCUCAACAUUCGCACCACGAUUGGCUUCGGAGCCUCCAAGGCUGGCACCGCCGACGUACACGGAGCGGCCCUGGGCGUCGACGAAGUGGCCCGACUCAAGAGCUCCGUUGGUCUCAACCCUGAAGACCACUUCCACAUCCCCCAGGACGUAUACGACUUUUUCCGUGACAUUCCCAGCCGUGGUGAGGUCCACGAGGCAGCCUGGCAGGCGGCUCUGGUCAAGUAUCAAGAGACAUACCCCGUCCUGGCGGCUGAAUUUGCCCUCCGGGUCGCAGGAAAGAUGCCGCAAGACUGGAGGCAAUGCAUUCCUCGCAAGGAAGAGCAGCCCACAGCAUCAACGGCCUCACGCAAGUCGGCUGGUGUCGUGACCAACGCCCUCGCACAGAAUAUCAACACCUUCCUCGUCGGCACUGCCGAUCUGACUCCCUCGUGUAAUGUUGUCUACAAGAACAAGGUCGACUUCCAAUCACCUGAACUCCAAACAGCGUGCGGCCUGAACGGAAACUACAGUGGUCGAUAUAUCCACUACGGAAUCCGAGAGCACGCCAUGUGCGCCAUCUCGAACGGGCUCGCAGCCUUCAACAAAGGCACUUUCAUCCCCAUGACCAGCACCUACUUUGUCUUCCACCUCUACGCCGCGGCUGCGGUGCGCAUGGCCGCCCUGCAAGGCCUGCAACAGAUUCACAUUGCCACUCACGACAGCAUCGGCGUUGGCGAGAACGGACCAACCCACCAGCCCAUUGCCGUCGCGGCCCUCUGGCGCGCCAUGCCUAAUCUGCUCUACAUCCGGCCCUGUGACGCCGAGGAAGUGGCCGGUGCCUACAUGGCCGCCAUCCAGGCCACAGAGACACCCACCGUCAUCUCCCUCUCCCGGCAGAGUCUGCCCCAGUACCCGCAAUACUCGUCCCGCGAGGGCGCAAUGAAAGGCGCGUACGUUUUUGUCGAGGCAGCCGAGGGCGGCGAUUUUGACGUGACCCUGAUCGGAGUCGGGUCCGAGAUGGGCUUCGCGAUGCAGACGCGGGAAUUGCUCCUCCAAGAUGGUAUCCGCGCCCGAGUGGUUUCCUUCCCCUGCACGAGGCUUUUCGAGCAGCAGUCGCGCGAGUACAAACAAUCGGUUCUCCAGCCGCGCGCGGGGAAGCCCACGGUUGUGAUCGAGGCGUACCCGGCCAACGGGUGGGAGCGGUAUGCCGAUGCCUCGGUGUCGAUGAACAGCUUUGGAAAGAGUCUUCCUUCCAAGGAGACGUACGAGCACUUUGGAUUUGCGCCGGAGAUGAUCGCGCCCAAGGUCAAGGAUCUGGUCGAGGAAGUCCGGCGGGACGGUAUCGGCAUCCUGAGGGGUGACUUUCGGGAUUUCAACGGUGGCCUGCGCAUUGGUUUGGAGCAUUAGAGAUUACGAGAUGUAACUGAUGAAUGUAUACAUGAUUCGCC